AUGGAGUGCUGCCUGUCUGAGGAAGCCAAAGAGCAAAAGCGCAUCAAUCAGGAGAUUGAGCGGCAGCUGCGACGAGACAAGCGCGAUGCAAGACGGGAGCUGAAGCUGCUGCUGCUGGGUACUGGUGAAUCGGGUAAAUCAACAUUCAUCAAGCAGAUGCGUAUUAUUCACGGCAGUGGCUACUCGGACGAGGACAAGCGGGGCUUCAUCAAACUAGUAUACCAAAACAUCUUCAUGGCGAUGCAGUCGAUGAUACGAGCGAUGGAUCUGCUGAAGAUAUUGUACAGUGAUCCGGCAAAUAUCGAGCAUGCCGAGCUAAUACGAAGCGUAGACUUCGAGACAGUGACCACAUUCGAACCGCCAUACGUUCAAGCAAUCAAAGACUUAUGGGCCGAUGCGGGCAUCCAGGAAUGUUACGACCGAAGGAGAGAGUAUCAGCUAACAGAUUCCGCCAAAUAUUACCUUAUGGAGAUCGAUCGUGUCGCAGCACCAAACUAUCUUCCAACGGAGCAGGACAUUCUGAGAGUGCGCGUGCCCACGACCGGCAUUAUCGAGUAUCCCUUCGAUCUGGAGGAAAUUCGGUUUAGGAUGGUAGACGUCGGCGGACAAAGAUCUGAAAGAAGGAAAUGGAUCCACUGUUUCGAGAAUGUAACAUCAAUCAUAUUCUUGGUUGCACUGUCGGAGUAUGAUCAGAUUCUGUUCGAAUCCGAAAAUGAGAACCGAAUGGAAGAAUCGAAAGCUUUAUUUAAGACCAUUAUUACGUAUCCAUGGUUCCAACAUUCGUCGGUCAUCCUGUUCUUGAACAAAAAGGAUUUGCUCGAGGAGAAGAUCAUGUAUUCGCAUUUGGUAGACUACUUCCCCGAGUACGAUGGACCACAAAGAGAUGCAAUAGCUGCCAGAGAAUUUAUACUUCGCAUGUUUGUAGACUUAAAUCCCGAUUCGGAGAAAAUAAUUUAUUCACAUUUCACUUGCGCGACAGACACCGAAAAUAUACGGUUUGUGUUCGCCGCUGUCAAGGACACGAUACUUCAGUCCAACCUAAAGGAGUACAAUCUGGUUUGAACUCGGAGAGGCAACAGUGCUUGCUUGCCAUUGGCACCUGCGUUUCGGUAUCGACUACAACAGAAGCAUAAUGGUGAACGAUCGCUGACGAUGAUCUCGUUUACGUCAAAGGUGUGGUAUCCCUUCAUCAUUAUAUUCGCCUUUGGUGCCAUUCUACUGGAACUCUAUCAUCAUCGUUACCAACAAACCAACAAUUACACGCGCUAUUCGCGGAAGUGUCGUCACAGCAACCAACUAAAAAAACAAAUGGCCGUGGCCCCAUACAGCGCACUGCACCACCCUGUGGACCGUAAAUGUAAUGGUUCAAAGUGAGCCGAGCAGCAACUUCCUCGGAGCGCUACAUCAUCAUUAGUCGUCCGUCAUUAUCGCCACACUACGGUCGCCAUCAUCAUCAUCGUCAUCGUCAUUUGCACAUCCGCAGCAAUAGCGAGCAGCACGAGCGGGCGAGCGGCAACGCACGGAUACGACGCUGCAGCGUCGCAGUAUCGUUUCGCGAGCUUCACUCUACAACGUGUGGCCAAUGAUCGUUCAACCUGUGAGAGCAGCAUUGUCUUGUUGAGCGCAACAGUAGUCACCUUAUAUUUUAUUAAUUGAUUCAAAAGCUGAACGUCAGAUAUGUCGGACCAUGCGUGUCAACAAGACUGUGCCUGUGCUAUUUUCGAAUAGGGGGGUAUUUAUGUUCGCCUCUGGUUAUUUACAUAUACGAGCAUUAAAUUCAAUAUAUCGUUGCUUCGAUGUUUGCUUUACUGCUUGUGCAAAAGUGGGGUGAAGUCCACAACACCGUUACUGCAAUCAGAAUCUAACAAUCGUGUAUACACGCACAUGCACACACUCCCUUACUGGAACAUUUAUUUUAAUUACUCUGUGUAAAACGGCGCGACCUCGACUGUUGGGUGUGUAUAUUAUUACGAGAUCUGCUAAACUGCAUACACACAUACACACACAUUAUGUUGCAAUAACAAGACCCGUAAGUCAGUCCGUGAAUGCAACGAACAGAAGAAUACCAUCACAUAAUAAACAUAACAACAUGUGUACAGCAACUGGGUUCAUUUAGCAGCAGCUGAAUGAAUUUGCAGAGCAAUGGUGAUUAUCCUUACUUGUUAGUGUACUGUGUUUGUUUAGCAUUACCUUCCUACACUGAUUGUAACUCUUCGCUUAGCAAGUUUAGUUCCGGCACGAACCGCUCGUAGAUACUUCCUUAAAGCCAUCUCCUUGCCAAACUAGGACAAUGUAUCGAUGUGUCGACGAUAUAGCAAUAUGUUGAUUGACUGUCUUAUUACACACUCACACACACACAAACACAAAUUGUAGUCAUUUAUUGACAGUUCCUGAGCUCGAAAAGGCGUCUUUUUUGUGCGGAAUGUUUACUGCACUAAAACAGUUGCGUUUCCAAACAUAUGUUUUUCUCACGUAUCGAUGGAUGAAAGUUCGCUCUCACAUCACCCAAUAGCUAUUUCGCUUACCUGUUGUCUGUACCUCCGCGUACGAUGGCGAAUGCACGAUUUUGUUUUAUUGCAAGUUUCCUUAAAAGAAGCAAUUCGAAGAAAUCCAACUUGCUAAACCAUAGUUUCGACCGAUCCAUAGUAAUGAUUGUUACAGCACCGAAUGGAGAAAAGCUAAAAUUUAGCAGAGACUAUAUUAUUAUUUUGCUUUGUAAAAAUAAUGUUAUGUGUUUUCGUGGGUUUUAGAAGGCGAUUGUGAUAUCGCGCCUUCAAACUCAUAAGAUGUUGCCGGUUCACAACACUAUUUAUUCCCCUGAGUUGCAAAGAGAGAUACGUUAAUAUGUUUACUGGUACUACCAAUCGAACCGUCGUCAGAUGCGUCGUCCUCUUCCACGUUAAAGGAGAGGAAGAACGUAUAGGUCUUGUAUUUUUGUUUACUCUUGUUUAUAGUUUCGCUAUUUGCACUUCCAUUGCCCACUUAUCCGAAUUGCCGAAAGCCGCGCCAACACGAAACGCGAAUGCAAUCUGUGUGUUGCAAGUGUGAUAAUCACAUACAUACAAACAAACAAAACCCCACAACUCAGAUACACACACCGUCAAACAGUAGAAAUGUUUGCAAUGAUCAAACGAAACACGACGGUAUCAAGAAUCAGUCGAACUGAUUGGUCGAAUAGUUCUGUUUUACACUUCAGUGUACAUCCCCCUCCCUUUGCUUAAGUUGUUGCAUUUAGGUGUCGUUGAGUGAGAGAACGUGCAGAGCGCAGAUGGGCAGACACGGGAAUGGGCAGAUUUUUACGUGCAUGAAUAUUAAGGUAAUAAUAUACAUCGGACUGUGAAUUAAAAGAAACAUAAAACAAGAAAGCAAUCACUUAACUCAGACCAGCAGGCCCAGGCUCAUCACCACGGACAGCCAUAAUAGUGCGUAAGGGGGCUGAUUUAUGUUGAUCGCCCGUCAGGGCCACGAUUCCUGCGCCUCCCAUAAAUGAAUUGAAAACAAUACACACCCACACCCAUACACACACACAGACACACACGAGAUUCGCUUUUCAUAUCAUGAUUUUGUGUCAAACAGUUGACAGCCGCUAGUUGAAUGUGAUUAUUACCAUCGAGGGAGCGUGCGAGGAAGUCUUUGAAAUGGUUUUGCUAUUAUUAUAUGUGUAUGUGUUCCAAUUUCUGGCCAAUUAAACCAAAAACAAAGAGAGAGAAGAAAAGAAAACAAACGCACGAUCAGGGAAGAGAUAGAGAGGAAACUGUGUCAAAAAAGAAAAGGAAAUCCCACGGGAACUACACCAAGCAGCAGCUGUGUUAUGUGUGGGGUUUAUCCUUCCCGUUUUCACCCAAGUUGAUGUGAUAAAUCGAGAAAUGCAAACGAACGAAGCAUGGUAUCGUUUUUUAAGAACAUUUCCCAACUGCUGCACUCACUUGUGAUCGUUUGAUCAGACCCAAAAGAUGCGUGUAUAAUAAUCGGGUCCGUGCGGGGUAGUAUGUGUUUUGUUACGUUUUUUUUCUCCCCCUUCCCCCCGCUUAUGUCUCGUUACGUUAUGAUUUUGAUUCGUUUAUUAUUUCGUUUAGUUUAAGCGUUGGACCAUGUUCAGCCUACCUUCAGCUCUAAAGGCGGAAUAAUAACCGGCUGCUACAGAAUUCAGGCAAAGUAUUGUGGAAUUGAAAACCGGCAGCGGUAGCGAACGGGGGGGCAAUUAGUAAUAUCCCCCCGGACACACAACCUCCCCUAACGUUAUGAAUGGUUACCUUAUUUGUAUCUGUUGUUUUGUCACCAUCAGCCUCGUUAUACAUAUAAAUAUAUAAAUAUACAUACAUAUAACUCAUAACUAAUGUAUGUGGUAAAUGUACAACCAACCCUAACCUAACCUUUAAGUUAACUUACGCGUGUAACAGAUACCAGCGCGCGCACCCUUACUGUGUCCGUGAGUCAUCGUCUGCGUUCUUGAAAUGGGCUUCAAAAACGGUCCAAUAAAUAUAGUUUAGAAGCCGGCAAAAAUAUAAGCGGUUUCUGCAGCAAAACGCGAUCGAGAUUUUUGUUUCCCUUUUACUCCUUACUGCUCCCGAAUGUGUUUGUUGUGUACGCUGGAUGUUGUUAUCAUUCUUCAUUUGGAUUUUGGUUCGCUUCUUUCUUUCUUUCUUUUCUUUCUAUACGACAAACAACACGACCUGAGAUGAGAUAUGCUCCCCGUUCACGUGUACAGGAUGUACGAUCACGUUGAAAUAUUAUCUCCACGUCACUGUGAGGGUAAUGGUUAGGCAUUUAACAGCAAGGCUAUAUCGGUACCAUACUAUUUGGUGACAUUCGUUUGCCACAGUUUAAUACCACAGCAUUGGAAUCGAAAGCAAAUCCGCUCACUUGAAAAUCAGUUUGAACUCACCGCGUGGUGUUAUAGAGGACAAGUUUCCAAGCCAGCGCCAGUUUGUGAUGCUAAUGCGGUUGAAUACGUUGCUGUUAGUUGCUAAUUUACACGCCAAUUUCUCAAAGAGGAACAUUUUUAGAAACCAAAAUGUAUAUGGCCCAUAUUCUUCCAAAAUUAUUGACACAAAAAAAUAACAAACAUGCAGAUUGGUGGAAUUUUCUUGGGAAUUUUCGUAGUAUUAUGUUGUUUCCCAAAAUUGGCAUUAGGUGUCCCCGUUCUAAGUCAAAUGUCAAUAACAACAACGACCCUUUUGCAAGACAUUGUGAUACACAUCUAUGAUCGAGGCGCUACGUAAUAGGCUGACCAUGCGUCCCUUGGUAACACCGGAAAGCGAGCCCCGUAAUUCGAGAACCAAACAAUCGUUUAGGUAGCUAGAAAAUGGAUCUUUUAGUUAACUAUUUUCUGUCUAGAAACAUAAAGCUACAUUUCUCCUGCAAUAAUGUGUGACGGUGAGGCACACGUAUCUUGUGUGAAACUGAAUGCAACAGUACUGCAACGUUUUUUUUUAAUGUUCCAUCUUCCACUGACUUACGCAUGAAAGCAGGAAUGUGCCAACAAAACCAAACCAAAUUAAAAAACAUCCUCACUAGCACAUGGAUACAUUAAAACUGAAAUACUUCCCAAAAGGCAUCAUGAAUGAUGGCAAUAAAAUACAUCACUUAACGCUUCUUUCCUGUACGACCAUACCGCCCAUGUUUUGCUUUAUCAUCAACUCAUACUUGUCAAGCAUGUGGCCCUGUUUUAGGAACCGCCACCACCUCAGCUUGCAAGGAUCGAUGCGUGUGGAGUGUGUGCGUGUGUGAUGUAAAAAAAAGUCGCUUUUCCCAAAAAUAAGCAUUAAAAAGUGCGUUUAUCUCAUAUCUCUAACCAUUCUCUCCCUUCAUCAUUUUAGCUCUAUGAAAGUAUAAGAAAACGAAGAAGAAGAAAAAAAACAAACACUUCUAAUACCGCCUCAUCUGCAUCACAUACAUACUUUGUGCCAUUUUCAAUCUUUGAAUUUUGUUUAACAACGGUAACUAUAUUACAACAUCCACGUCUAUUGCACAGGCAAUUGUGUCGAAACAAAAAAGAAAAACGAACAUAAGAAAAAAUAACAAAAAAAAGGAAACAAACCAUGUGAUUCACACAUUAUUUUACACGCUGCUUUGGACGCGAAAUCACGAAACAAAAGCAAAGUGUCUGGAAGGACAUUCUCUCUUCGUCGUGCGCGCGCGUGUGUGUGUUUUGUGUUUGCGUGCGAAGUAUGACGCAAAUCACUAAAACCGGGUAUAAAAGCAAGUGAACUGUGCAAUCACAAGCAAACAUAGUCACACACACAUUAGCAGGGAGGCGAAUCAUUCCGCUGAUUCCGCGAGCGCCAUAAGAAGAAAACAGAAAAUCUUAAGUGCAGAAGAGAAAUUACAAAAUAAAAAGUAUGCGCAUCGGGCGCCCAAUGCACGUGCAACAAGUGCAAUGGAAUUAAAAAAAACGGUUCGAAUGAUUAACCAGUGCGUGUGGGUGCGUGUGCGGGUGUGUGUGUAUGUGUGGAGGGGUGAGAACAUUCGAAGUGCAUGUGCAUGUGCAGUACAUGAGACACGCACGCAACCAGCUCCCCCCUCACUAAGAAUGCAUAAUUAAAUUAAAGCAUUAACAAGCUACAACGUCUCACACGGCAUGCCAAAAACGGAAUGCACACUGUACAUAUAUGUGCAAUAAGGUGCGGGGAAGUGCAUGUGUGUGUGUGGGUGUAUGUGUGUGUGGAGAUCUGGGGUAGAAGAGAGAGAGAGGAACGCAUCCAAACAGUAGUAGACGGUACGGAGCAUUCGAAGCUGCAGCUCUUCGAAGGAAACUUACAUAUAUCUCGAACAAAAACAAAAGGAAACCAAAAGUAAUAUAAUGUAGUAAGGCAACAGUUGCAAUCUUCUAAAUGGAUGAUAAAGAAGAAGAAGAAAAUGAAAGAAGAAGAGCAACAACAAAAUCGGCGGAAAAAAACAUCACGUAAAAACAAUGCAAAAAAAAGGAUAAACCAAAAUUAACAAUGUUUAUCAAAAGAUUGUGCAACUGCAGAAUAGAAAAAGAGAGGAGAAAAGAACAAACAAAACUAUCUAUACAUAAAUUACAAAAACAAAAACCCAGUUAGCGAUACCAGUGAGAGAAUGGGAUGAGAGCGGGAGAGCACAUAAUUCGCUCCUGUGUUGCUAAGGUGUGCAAUAAGAUGGGAGGAAGGAAAAGGAAAAGAAACGAAAAGAAACAAACUAAACAAAAAGCGAACGUUUUCUGAAGCAGCAUCCAAGUAGGUUUGACCAAAGUUUUUAGACAGCAGAGAGAACAUAGCAGAGAAGCAAAGCAGCACAGAGUGUAGUGAAUGUGUGUGUGUGUGUGAACAACACAGAAGAAAAGGAAGAAGAAAAAAAGGAAACAAAAUAAUAAAAGAAACAUUAGAAAACACUCCGUAACGCGCGAAGAUACCGCCCCAGAUACCAGUGGUGGUAGUAGAGUGGUCGGGCCGAAUUUGGUCGAUUGCCAUCCUGGUUUGGAAGUAAGAUGGCACUAGAUGCAAAUUGGCCGUAAGCGCAAACACCGAGCAGCCGCGGUGAGUGAAAUGGUUUUUCUUUGUUUUUGGCCAGGAAGCGGCUAUGGCUAUGCUGUUGUUCGCUAUUGGGUACCGGUAGUCGAAAACCUAAAUCUACGUCUUUGGAUACGUCUUUGAAUAUGGCUUUAUAAAGCAUAGGCUUUAUAAAAUAUAGAAGACUAUAUCUUGCUCCACAAAUGAUGAAGAUUUGCACCGGUACGCACCCAUCCGAACGGUGAGCGAAUCUGUCUGUGUGUGUGGCCGCUCGGUGUUUCUGUCGUGGGAAUUCUUGCUGAGCGGUAAUCAAUUCGCCCAAUUGAUUAUCGUUCAGUGUUCGAGUUGAAUUCGAGAGACAACGGAAUGUGCAAUGGCCACCACCGGCUCAUCCUUCUCCUCCCCGUUGGGAUGCGGCCCCAGUACGUGCGUACGAGCGGACAGCAUAGUUACACACCCGUUUGAUCCCAACCAAGCAGUGCCAUUCGGAAAGUUAACACAUUUCACCACUCACCGCGGUUCACGCCCGCUACACAUGAAAGGGAACCAUCUUUAUGUCCCUUGUAUUUUGAACCUGCUUCUAUCGAACGUUUUCUGAUCGGGAAUAUGAUGCCAAUCAUUCGCUUCUGGCUUCAAUUCUUUUCUGUAAGCCCGCUGUACAACCAUCCAACCAUUUUGCGUCGUCACCAUCACUAGUCUAGGGAUUUAAAUUUGUAAAUUUGUAAUGCUUAAAUGCUUAUUACCUAUUUUUAAUUUUCUUCCCUUUUUAUGUAUGUAUCAACAAUCUAUUCUAUACUUGUUGUACCGAAAACAACUAUUCUCUCUCUCUCUCCCACUCACUUGCCGGCCCUCGUCCAGAAGGGUUCAAAAAUGUUGUAAAAUGGUUCACUUUCACGAAUGCUCCACACCAAACAUCCCCGAAUUUGUUGCCCCAAAUAACGAUGAUCGCAUCGAACACGGAAGAAGGACUGCGGUGAGAAAAUGCAAAAGAUUUCGUUUUUGGGUGGAUUAAGUGUACACACACACGCUCUUAAACAGAAGAAGAAUUGAAAUUGAAAACCACUUUACGGCGCGCGCCACUGUUACCAGUCCCCAGUUGGGAGGAAUCAAGCAAAGGAAACGGUUACAAUUUUUAGUGGCGAAUGUGAUGGUGAUCUUUUAAUAAGAAAUGAAAGGGCGAAGCAGAAACAACACACAAAAUUACAUAAAGCUAGGUAUGAGCUAGGACGUUCAGUGCCGCUGCUUUAUCUCAUUCCAAAUCGGUGCGCAAAACAAAGAUGGGCGGACCGAAUUCUCUUGCGGUACAGUGGAAAAUAGAGAAGAAGAAAAAAAGUAUGAGAAUAGAAAACGAAACACGAUCCCCAAGUAAAUCAUAUUCAUAUAAAGUGAGAAAAUAGAAGAGAAAAAAACAUUCACACACACACACUCACACAUACUCACCGAACAUGCAGUCAUAGUAAUCGAGCGAUAGAACGUAACUAAGGUGAACUAUUUAUGUUUUUACUUUUACUUAAACGGAAAAUUACCACAACGGCACAGAAACAAAGUGCAGUGAAAGUGUAGAGAGAGAGGCAUAGAGAUAGAGAGAAAGAAGAAGAAAAAACGAUGUAUGUACAUCCCCUCCUUCCCCUCAAUCCUUCUAGUAUGGUACGAUCCUUGUGGGGAUAGAAGUUGUGGUACAGAAAUGGGGGGCAAAAGGAAUAUAGGCAAACACAUCAAAGCAACAGAUGAACGAAUGAAUUAGGAAGACAAUUGAUGGCAAUGUGAUGAUGAUCAUGAUCAGUCUCCCAGUCUUCAGCUUCUUCAGCACGGAAGAAUGUGUAGAGCAUAUAUUGCAUCAAUUGGUAAAACACACACACCUUUCGUACACGUUCACGCGAGAUCAUCAUGCUCCUCCUUCACCAAAAUCAUGCAAAUAUUUGUCAACCAAAAUAGUGCGAGGGGUGGUAAAUCAUUGGCUUUGGAAGCGAAUAAUAGAUGAAAACGUUUAAAAUCUCCGUAACGAUAAAACACAGAGAAACAGGAGCGAGAGACAGAGCAAGAUCCUCUUAGCUUCAUCACACAGCCCACUCCCCACACACAUACGUUGUUACACCUGUGCGGACACGCCGAGCGUUCGAAUGCCCGCGUGUGCACCGGAAAGCGUGUGUGCAAACGAAGCAGAAAAAAACCGGAAGAAGCGGUAAGAAACGGCAAGCAUCGGUUGAUAAGUAAUCUAGCAAACCAACAAAAUACUAUACGGAUGGAAGAAACGAUGCAGCAUUUAGUAAGAGAGAAGCAAAACAAAAGGGAAAACACUUGACAGCCAACACAACGCCGCACCCCAAAUGUGCCCAUGUGCUGGUGGUAGUAAUGGAAGUGGGUAAAAAACACAUUAGGUAAAUCCACACACACAUACACGCACACACACACACACACCAUCCCCAGUGCUGCAUCCCUCUCGAAUAUAACAGCAAACAGGGCUCUGAGGGGUAGAAGAAGGCACCAACCAUUCCCCGGCAGCCCAAAGAGACAGGACGAAACGUCUGCUACUAUACCACCACACAACCAUCACCAUCACGACCAUCACCACCACCACCACCACUGUUACUUACUACUACUACUACCAACUACACUACUACUCCUACUCUACUACGUUUGCGGUGUUCGAGAGAUGCGCGGUGUAACGCGCGAUGUAAACCAAUGUGCGUGCGUGCGUGUGUGUGUGUGCAUGGUGUGUGGGGCGAUAGUGGGUAAUAUAAAAAUACAAAACGAGGACGGGAGGAAAACAAACAAAAAAAUACCGCGAACGAAAAAGAGAUUGUGAGAGCUGCAGCAAUGAUGGGAAGGGGGCAGAACAGAGAAAAAAA